UGGGAGAAGUUGACGUGCGGCCGCUCGUCCAUCCUCGCACCCCCGCGCCGAUGGACGCCGACGCGGACAGGGCGCGCCUCCACGCCGCCCUGUGAACGAUGAACCCCCGCCCGCCCGGCCCUCCCUCCGGCGCGCAAUGGCUUAACCGGAGAGACAUGAGCGUCCGGAGCGGGGACCGCGUCACGCUGUGCCAGAGGGCGCUGCAGAUCGUCACCGACCUCUGCCUCACCGAACAUGUGGACCGGGAGAAAUGCUCCGACAUAUUCCCCCUGGAGAGCGGCGUUCCGGGCGAAGGACACGCAGACAUCUCCAUCAGUCUCCUGGCGGUGGUGGUGGGUUUCUGCGGCCUGGCCUUGUUGGCAGUGUCCUUGUUCGUCUUCUGGAAGCUGUGCUGGCCCAUCUGGAGGAGCAAAGCUCUGACGGGCCACGGAGGAAACGUCGGCCUCCACGUGGCCUUCCCCGAGGCGCCGCCGCCCGGCUCGCCGCCGCUGCCGGAGUGGAAGGCGGCGGCGCUGGCGGAAGAGAAAAAGAAGCAUCCGCCGGAGGUGAAGAUGAACGGGAAGAGCUCGGUCAAGAUCCUGGAGGCGGCCAUGAAGAUCAGUCAUACGUCGCCCGACAUCCCGGCCGACGUGCAGACCACCCUGAAGGAGAAGCUGAGCCAGCAGGCCAAAAUCCAGAGACAGACCACCGAGCCCACCUCGUCCUCCAGGCACAAUUCAUUCCGGCGCCACCUUCCUCGACAGAUGAACGUCACCAGUUUCGACUUCAGCGUGGAUGCGGUGCCUUUCCGACAGUCCUCCACGGUGAGCAUCGGGAGAAUCAAACCGGAACUCUACAAGCAGAAGUCUGUGGACUCGGAGGGCGAGCCUAAAGAACCCGUGGAGACGUGUGGCAAACUGAGCUUCUCUCUGCGUUACGACUACGAGGAACAGGCUUUGGUGGUGAGGAUCCUCAAGGCCUUGGAUCUGCCGGCCAAAGACUUCACGGGGACUUCCGACCCAUAUGUGAAGAUCUACCUGCUGCCCGAGAGGAAGAAGAAAUUCCAGACACGAGUUCACCGCAAGAAUCUCAACCCCACGUUUGAUGAGACAUUCUGCUUUCCUGUUGUGUACGAUGAGCUCUGCAAUCGCAAGCUGCACUUGAGUAUCUACGACUUUGACCGGUUCACCAGCCACGACAUGAUAGGUGAGGUGGUGGUAGACAACCUCUUCGAGCUCUCCGACCUUUCCCGGGAGGCGGUGGUUUGGAAGGACAUCCAUGCCGCAACCACGGAGACCGUUGACCUGGGGGAGAUCAUGUACUCCUUGUGCUAUCUUCCCACAGCAGGGAGGAUGACUCUGACAGUGAUCAAAUGCAGAAACCUCAAAGCCAUGGACAUCACUGGAUCUUCAGACCCGUAUGUCAAGGUUCACCUAAUCUGCGAUGGACGCCGGCUGAAGAAGCGGAAAACCACAACCAAGAAGAGCACUCUCAAUCCAGUGUACAACGAGGCCAUCAUCUUUGACAUCCCUCCAGAAAACGUGGAACAAGUCAGCCUGUCCAUCACGGUGAUGGAUUACGAUCGGGUCGGACACAACGAGGUGAUCGGCGUUUGUCGUACCGGGCCAGACGCCGAAGGUCUAGGACGGGAUCACUGGAACGAAAUGUUGGCUUACCCGCGGAAGCCCAUCACCCACUGGCACACCCUGGGAGAGUGGGCUGGUCGGGGGGCAAGCUUCGAGAGUCAAGGCUCGUGUUCCUCACCCAAACCCCCACAGACGCCCUGACGGUGACCACGACGGGUGGCGAUGACGCCCCCCGACUUACUUCGCCUCCCGGCCCCCCAGGUGGUAUAACAACUGGAUGUUGGAAUUCUCGCUCAACACACUUUCUGUCAACUUUUGUUUCUAUGACUUCAAAACAAAAGAACUCACUCACAGUCAACUUGGGUUCUUAGCUCUCAGAUCUCGUAUUAGUCCGAAUCAGACCCGACUAUCAGAUGUGGAGAAUGUAGCAGUGACAUGUAGCAAGUACGGAUAACAGUCUUAUAUAUACAGUGGGGCAAAAAAGUAUUAAGUCGGCCAGCGAUUGUGCAAGUUCUCCCACUUAAAAUGAUGACAGAGGUGUGUAAUUUUCAUCAUAAGUACACUUCGACUGUGAGAGAAUCUGGAAAAAAAAUCCAGGAAUUCAAAUGUUAGGAAUUUUAAAGAAUUUAUUUGUAAAUAACCAAAAAUUCAACUCAAUACUUUGUAAUAUAACCUUUGUUGGCAAUAACAGAGGUCUAACGAUUACUAUGGGUUUUUACCAGGUUUGCACACAGAGUCGCUGGUAUUUUGGCCCAUUCCUCCAUGCGGAUCUUCUCGAGAGCGGUGAUGUUUUGGGGCUGUCGCCGAGCAACACGGACUUUCAACUCCCUCCACAGAUUUUCUACGGGGUUAGAAUAGAAUGAACUUUAUUGUCAUUAUACUUGCAUAUAACGAGAUUUAAGAAGGUUGAGGUCUGGAGACUGGCUAGGCCACUCUAGGACUUUCAAAUGCUUCUGACGGAGCCACUCCUCAUGCUGGUAGACCCAGCAACGUUUCAUUUUCAAAACUCUCA